AUGCCGAAGAAGAGCACGAAGUCGAAGUCGAAGCGCACGACGCUGAAACAAAAGUACAAGGUGAUUCGCAAGGUGAAGGAGCAUCACAAGAAGAAGCGGAAGGAGGAGAACCGGUUGAAGCGAUUGGGCAUCAAGAAGAAGGGGCCGAAGGAUCCGGGGGUGCCGAACGCGUGGCCGCACAAGGAUGAGUUGAUGAGGGAGAUUGAUCACGAACACGAGAAAAUUGAGACGAAGAAGGAGGAACUGAUGGAGGCGAAACGGGCGCGACGGACGGAGAAUAAGAGAAUCGCGAAGGAGAUGAUGGAGUCGGGGGCGCCGGCGCCGACGCUGGAGGAACUGCGAGCGAUCGCGGAUCGAAAAGAAACGAAUUAUGAAGAGAAGAAGAAGGCGAAGUUGGCGGAAGAGCUCGAGAGGGAGGAUGAAGAUCAAGAUUCGAGUCGACGGGCGUAUUAUAAGGAGUUUGUUAAGGUUGUGGAGCUUUCGGAUGUCAUCAUACAGGUUUUGGACGCGCGGGAUCCGUUGUCGUGUCGAUCGCCAGAGGUCGAGCGGUUCGUGCGGAGGAUGAACCCGGAUAAGCGCAUGAUUUUACUGCUGAAUAAGAUUGAUUUAGUGCCGAAGGAGAAUGUGUUGGCGUGGUUGACGUAUUUCCGCGAGGAACUACCGACGGUGGCGUUCAAGUGCGCGACGUCUGGCGGGAGCGGAAAGUUGGGCGCGAGAAACGCAAACUUUAAAUCGUCCGGAAACGCGCUCGGUGGUGCGGACUCUUUGGGCGCGGAGAGUGUGUUGGAGAUGUUGAAGAACUACGCGCGCAACAAGAACAUCAAGACGGCGAUCACGGUCGGGAUCGUCGGGUUCCCGAACGUCGGUAAAUCGAGUCUCAUCAACUCGUUGAAGCGAAGUCGAACCGCGGCGGCGGUGGGUAACACGCCGGGGAUGACCAAGGUUUUGAAGGAGAUCAAACUCGACAAGCACGUCAAGUUGAUCGACUCUCCCGGUGUUGUCUUUGCGAGCGCGCUCGGUGAGUCCGCGGGCGCCGCCGCGUUGCGCAACUGCAUCAAGGUUGAACGCAUUGACGACCCAAUCGCUCCGGUGCACGAAAUCACUCGUCGAUGUCCGGCGCAACAACUCAUGCUCAUGUACAAAACUGGAAGGUUCGGCGAUGUCGACGACUUUUUACGUCAGGUCGCGCGGUUACAAGGUAAGUUGAAGAAGGGCGGGAUCCCGGACCUGAAGGCGGCGGCGCGCGUCGUGCUCACGGACUGGAACAACGGACGCAUUCCGUACUUCACCUCGCCGCCGAAGCGCGAGGAGAAUAAGGAACACGCCGGCGCGGAAAUCGUCGGCAAUUGGAGCGCAGAGUUCGACGCCGACAAAGUUUUCGCCGCCGAACAGUCCACCGUUAUCGCGGGUUUGCCUGAAAACGAGGACGAGGACGAUUUUAUGCCCGUGCAGUCGCUCGGCAACGGCCUCAUCGAGGCGCACGACUUGAGCGAAGACGAAGCCGACAUGGACGAGGACGAAGCCGACGACAUGGAGAAUGACGCUCCGGUGCAAGUCAUCCGCGCGCGAGAUGAUUCCGAGGCUGGUCGCACUCAGCGCGCGCUCGAACACGCGCGCGCUAAAACAGCCGCGAAGGCGUCUUCGGCCCGACAAAAAGUCCUCUACGGGAACGAGGGACAAUACAAUCCAAGCGACGCGCGCGCGGCGAAGAAACGCGCGCGGCGCCAAGCCAAAGCCGUCGCCGACGCCGCAGAGGACGACAGCGGCUCAGACUUUGACUGGGAGGGGGAGUAG